AGGUUCAUCUGCAUUUUGCAAGUGUUGCUACACUUCAGGAGCAUUGAAAUCUGUUUCGAAUGAAGCACUAACCAAUGCUCAUUUAGUCCGAAGAUACGUGUGAAGUUUGCUGGCUUGAAGAAGUGGCAUUUUAUUCCUCCUUCAUAUAUCCAAGAUGGAUGAAGUUUUAAGGUACGGCAGGAUGAUGUUCAUCUACGACACGACGUGCUGCACGCGCGAGGAGGACGACCCGGCCGAGGCCAUCUGUUUCCUGCGCUGCGGCGGCGGCGGCGGCGACGUAGUGCAGGAGCUCUCCGGCGAGGUGGACGCAGACGGCGCGGCCAUCGUGGACAGCGCGGCGCUCCACCUCGUCUGUCAGCUGAUGGGCACCGCCUUCUUCACUGAGAAGGACAUGGCCACCUUCCCGCGGCUGAUCCGCCUCCGGCACGGCCAGUUUGUCCUGCACAGAGAGAGCAACUUUGUCUGGGUGAUGCACACCUCGGGCGAGGACGAGCCGUACGUGACGCGCGCGCAGCUGACGCGCACGCGGCAGGCGCUGCGGCUGCUGCACGGCAGCCUGUCGGCGCUGCUGGCGGCGGCCGGCGGCGACCGCGGCGUGCUGCGCCGCCGGCUGGCGCGCACGCUGGGCCCGCUGCUGGCGGCCGCCGGCGGCCAGCCACCGCUCGAGCGCGUCCUGGACGUGGUGCCGCGACUCGACUGGGCCCAGAAGGACGACUUCAUAGCGCAGCAGUUGUCUGACGUUCAGAGCGCGGCGCUGCGGCUGCCGGGGGUGCUGAGCUGCACCCUCUGCUGGGACGCCAAGGUUGUUUCGAAUGACGACAUCGAAGAGGUGCUCGAGGUUCUCGUCCACGUUCACCGCCUGUCAGGGGACGCCUUUGACCUGGCCGACGUGGACUUUGUGAUGCCUCCCGGCACGCUGCUGGCGCGGGUGCACCUGGGCGGCGCGCUGGCCACGGGGCUGAGGGCGGGCGCCGAGAAACGCUGGGUCCGAUCCGAGGAGUUUCCGCCCUCCUCCUCGCCCUCCGACCUACCGCCGCUCGUGGCCAUUGACGAGGCUACAGAGGGGACCGGCGGGGGCAGCGGCGCCGCCUCCGUCACCAGCUCAGCGCAGGAGGGCGGCGCCGACGCCAGGCCGGGGAAGGAGAACCGGCCGGACGCGGCGCUGUCGGCCGAGUGCGCGCGCGCCGAGCAGCCGCCGCCGCCGGCGCUCGACGAGAUUCCGGUGCGCCAGCUGCGGCGGCGGUCGCGCGCCAGCCGCCGGCCGCGCCGCAGCCUCACCGAGCUGGACGUGCCAGAGCCGUUCUCCAACCUGGCCUACCUGAAGCGCCGCCAGCCGGACCUCUACCGCGACGAGGUGCGCAAGCUGCAGGCGUCGCUGCCGGACAACCAGCCGGCGUUCACGGCCGUCUCGGCCAACCCGUACAGCUUCGGUAUCCCCCGCUCCAACCGGCUGUACACGCCGCGGCUGGCGGUCGCAGAGCCGGCCGGCGUCGCGCCGCCGCCCUCCCCGUCGGCUCGCGGUCCCCCCUGGCGACCGGUGCGCGGCGCGCCGGCCGGCUACUUCUCCGAGAGCCCGCGGCCGGCCGGCUCGCCGCGCGGCCGGCCCGUCGGACGCCGCUUCUACAGCGACGGCGAGGAGCUGAGCUGGCGGCCGCGCCAGCUGGCGGCGCAGCUGCCGGACGGCGGCACCCCGCAGCUGCCGGCCGACGAGCCGCUCGUCGCGGCGCUGCUCUACACCCACGCCAUCGGCAAACUGCGCUGUCACGUGCUGCUGGAGCCGCCGCGCGGCGCCGCCCUGCGCGGCACCGUGCAGCACCUGAACCACGUGACCGGGGCCGGCCUACUGGAGCUGGAGACGAUGCUGCGCAGCUACCGCUCGAUCCCGUCCUUCCACGGCCAGCACUACAGCUACGUGUCCGUACGCGAGCGGCCGGCCGCCGGCGGCGACGGGCCCGCCGCGCCCGACGCCGGCCCCGGCCGCCAGCUGGAGUCAGAGGGCGCCACGCGGCUCGACUCGCACCUCGUACAGAUGGUGCACGCCGACCUGCUGGCCGGCCGGCUGGCCGACUGCCGCAUCAGGACGCCGUCGGACGUUCUCCUGGCUCAGCGGAGCGGCUCCACCGAGACGUACUACCAGCAGCGCACCUCGGGACUCCAGACCGGCCUGCCCGUGGUCAAUGGGCCGCUCUCCCGUGUCGACGACCGCGCCAGGAAGCGGCUCAGCAAGAACCACGGCCUCAUGCUGGGCUGACGGCCCGGCCCGGCCUGGCGGCGGCACGGCAGGCGGUCAGUCCUAGUGGUGCUUCAACAAGCGGUCAGUUCCAUUGGGAAACCACGAAGUAGUGGCGGCACUUCUUAUGGAUGAGCAAGACUGAGCGAUUAGGCGGUCAGUCCUGUCGGAGGGGUAUGUAGCAGAGCUAGUGCUUCAGUAGGAGAUGGGUCCGACCACUAGGUAAGACGGCACCGGCGGCGGGUGCUGUGGGAGUCCCGCGAAGCCGGUUCGGUGGAGUGAUCUGUAAAAGAAUGGAAUUCGCGGGGAUGCGCGUCGAUAUAAGAGAGACCUUGAGUAGUAAUGCUACAGAAAUUUUGGUGUUGAAUGAUGGAGCCCCUGUCUCCGGUAAUCGAUUCGUAUGCGGAAGGGUGCAGAAGACGACAAUUUGAGUGCCAGCAUCACCAUGACAUAGCAUUAAUGCUCAGCUUCUCUCGGCUGAAUGGAGUCAGUCCCGUCUGCACCUGCUUUAUCAGUGGCUAAGUAAUGAAAUCAAAGCGAUUCUAGUGUUAUUAGCGAUGUGGUUAAAUUGCCGUGUGGUUCAACAAGAUGUGCUGUGAGGAGACUUUUCGGGCAGCUGUGCUUUAGUGGCACAGUUCUCAGAUCUUGCAUUCCGUUGAUUUAUUCCCGCAUUCCGAUGGCUUUCUCUUAUGGUCAUUUUAUCCUAAGCCAUGCGAUUGGUACGGAGUGGAUUCAUCAACAUUUAGUAGCGUCGUGAUUGGUAGAUAAGAAUUCGCAUUAAAAGUAUGGCACCAUCUCCACUCCAAGCCCUUCAAGCGGAAUGGUGCGUUUUCAAGCGUUUUAUUAGAGCAAUUCCCGAUCUAAAGUUAGUGCAGGAGCAUGUCCGCCUCCCCGUGGCUUCAGUUUCCGGUGCACGUAACACGGAGACAUUCCCUCUGAAUGUAACCCCCUAGGACCCAAUUAUUGGGGUCUAGCCCUAGUGCCAUGUGACGGCUGUUGUCGCUGAGAGCCAACGCCCGUGGGCCUUUUUUAUCACAUAUAGUGGUAGUACUGUGCCACACUGUGAAAGGAGGACGCCGCGUGAUCGAUUAGUCGUGUCGGGCAGUGGAAACUGGAAACGUUACUUGGUGAUGGCAAUUGUAUCUUGAGGCGCUUUCCCCCAAUGGUUCAUAUAGCAGGAUGGGGUCACUUAAACUGCGUGCUUUCUUUUUACCAGGCUUGCCUUAUAUUUGUGCGUUAUUAUUCUAACAUAUUUUAACGUAGCUUUAUAUGUAAAUAAUGAAAUGUGCUUGAAAUUUUAUUGAAAGUUAUGGUAGCGUACUUUUACACAGCAUGUUAACGUUUUUCCCACAUCUGUUGGUCUCUCUAAACCAGUAAAACGCCUUUUGGGCGACCAACGGAGCGAGCGAGAGGAUGGGCCUUGCACGUGCGAAAUUGCGAGGGGGUACCUCCAACUAACUUGUGCACUGCACCCUACUAACCGGUCUUUAGCGAUGUGCCAAAUUUCAGCGCAAUCGGCCUAGCCGUUCUCGAGAUCUGGAAGCGGCACACUGCACGUGCGCACGUGCAAGCGGGGUCCAAACUGACUUUUGCACGGCACCCUACUAACUGGUCCCCAACCGUGUACCAAAUUUGAGCGCAAUCGGCCCAGCCGUUCUCGAGAUCUGGGAGCGCCCCCUGCACGUGCGCACGUGCUGUAGCACCCCAACCUUAACACAUGCAGAUGAAUUAUCUGAUGGAGACCUAACUGUGUACCGAGUUUCAAUUCAAUCGGCCCGACCGUUGUGCCGUUAUUGAGGUUGCAAUUUUGGGGGUUCUUAAAAAAUGUCCAACUUUACCACGCGCCACGUGCGGUGGUUGGCAAGAACGCAUGGUGGCCAUCACACCACAGAACUUUUACGUCCAAGUGACAUUCAGUAAAGAAGACCGCUUGUCAAUCGGAUGUCCCGUUCCUAAGAUAUUAGCUUUUGAAGAGCGUCCCCACGGCCGGCCGGCCGGCCGGCCGCUCAUACUCAGGAUUUUCCCUUAAUUCAGUAUGAGACUCCGCUCGCUUCGCUCGCUCCGUAAUCAUAUGCUUACCUGCGAAGUUUUAUAUGCGCCCAUUGAUGAAAUGUACUUAAACUCAUUUUGUAUUGCUAAUCCUUACAACUGAUGUCCUUAUGCUGUCUUGAUUUUGUUCCAUUUAAGCUAAAUAUUCACUCCAAGUUUCACAGACAAUAAAAAUCAUUAUAACUUGGCUGUAAAAAUGGAUGUGUGCUGUAUCAACAGUGAGAUUAGGCAAGUCGGGACUAUGCGAUUGCCUUUGUUGGUUGAGUCUUUUUAUUGAGGCGUAAAUUGCUUGAACGACAAUAAGUCUUGGAGUGAAUAUUAGAGUUCAGUGGAACACCCUAAAUGUAUCGAAAAAGGCAGUCCUCUGUUGCUCGGCCACCUGUGUUUGUAUCUGUGUGCCAGCCGCGGCGUGUCACCACAGCAGCCAGUCAGUGGCCUUCAUCGCAUGUCCGAGCUCUGCUAAUGACGUCAUCUGUGUACAUGGCAGGCUGCUGGUGCAUUUCAUACGCCCCGGUUGGCACAUCCAGCCGAUGUUUUCACGUGAACGAUUAGCCAAUAUGGCGUCAUUGCACGUGAACUAGCUAUGCUUGGAAUUUUAGGAACGCGAGUUAAUGCUAUAAACAUGGGUGUAGCAUGAUGGUCGCUUACGGCUGCUACUAUAUCAUGUUAAUCAAAACAUAAUAAUUAAUCCAAAGGUCCUCGUUUAUCGUAUGUGUAGUGUACCUGCUCUCUAUUACUGCUAUUUAAUGUAUAUUUUACACGGAUUAGUUGUGCGUCCAUAUCAUACGGGAAACAGGGUCCACUUCGCUAAUUCAGAAGCAUAGGCUAGUUCUCUCCGAUAUACUCUGGUGGUUAUACUCUUAUAUCUGUAUUUGCUGUCUGUUUUUAUAGCAGUGUGGCUUAGAGGGUAUAUUUCUAUUUUACUCGUAGCAUGCAUGGUAUGGCUUUAUGCUCGUGCGAUAGACGGGUUGUUUGUUUUGGUACUCAGCUGUGUUCAUAUUGGGAGCGGCGAAACGUUCGGUACUUACGAGCCACGUGCUGUGACCGUAGCGCCGUACCAGAGGCGAUGUAUGGGUAAUAUUCUAGCGGAUUGUGUUAUGGGUAACAAUACAAUGUAUCCUUGUAAACGUGAAA